AUGUCAAGAUAUCUUUCAAACGAUAAUGAUAGUGAGGGUGAAGAUGACAUUGAAGAUUUUACUACUAAAUUCCAACAUCCUCGGAUUGUAACUCCAAAAAUUCCUUCAGGAAUAAACACUUGUGAAGUAAUUGGAUCUAAACUGAUUGUUGUAAUGGUUGGAUUACCUGCACGUGGAAAAUCAUAUAUUGUAAAGAAAUUAAAAAGGUAUUUAGGAUGGUUACAAUAUGAUACAAAGGAAACCAGAGAAAAAUUAGCAAUGGAAUCCUUGGAUGAGUUGAUUGGUUGGUUGAAAAAAGGCGGAAGAGUUGGUAUUCAUGAUGCUACUAAUUCAACAAAAUCUAGAAGGUUGGUAUUAGAUGCAAAUAUGAGAUUGAAAUUAUCAGGACCAGAUUAUAAAAAUAUGAAUCCAGAUGAAGCAUUGGCAGAUUUUCGUAAACGUGUUGAAAAUUAUGAAAAAGCAUAUGAAACAAUCGGUGAAGAAGAAGAACAAAGUAAUAUACAAUAUUGUAAAUUAAUUAAUUUUGGAAGAAAAGUGAUAGCAAAUAAUAUUCAAGGAUAUUUAAGUGGUCAAUGUAUCUUUUAUUUGAUGAAUUUUAACCUUGAAAGUAUACAGAUUUGGCUUACAAGACAUGGUGAAAGUGUUCAUAAUAUUGAAAAGAAAAUAGGUGGCGAUCCAACACUUACUGAAAAAGGGAAAAAAUAUGGAGCAUGUUUAACGAGGUUUCUCCAAAAACAAAAACAAUUAUUUCGUCAAAAACAAUUAGAAAAAUAUCAAGAAGAGGAAUUUUAUACUAAAUAUGAUUUGGGUUUAAGAUCUUCUUCGUCUUCUUAUGUAACAUCUUCUCCAACUUCAUAUUUACCACCUUCAUCAGCCUCUGCUGCGAACCCUAAUGAUGAAUUAAAAGGACAAGAACCACCUGAAAAGAUUUUUUUUGUAUGGUCAAGUUUAUUAAAAAGAACUAUACAAACUGUUGAAAAUUUUGAUACAAAGGAGUUUUGCAUUAUGCAUAUUAGAUUUCUUAAUGAGAUUUAUGCUGGAAAUUGUGAAGAGAUGACAUAUGAGGAAUUGGAUAAGAGAUACCCAAAUCAAGAUAACAAAUUAUAUUUUAGAUAUCCUGGUAUGGGAGGUGAAUCAUAUUUGGAUGUUAUUCAUAGAAUCAAUCCAUUGAUUAUUGAGUUGGAAAGAAUGACUGAUAACGUAUUGAUAGUAACACAUUGCAUUGUGUUGAGAAUACUUUUGGCUUAUUUCAGAGACGUUGAAAAAGAAAAAGUCCCUGAUAUAGAUAUGGUUGAUGAUGGUGGUGUUGCUUGA